AUGAUACCUUGCUCUGAUGAUGUUCUUCAUAUGACGGACGAAAGCUUAGCACCUCUCACCGGAAUCAAAGAUUACAUUGGAAUCAGCGUCAGCAUGAAUCUUCCAAUAAAGCCAAUCGACAGCUGGAAUCCGCCUUCAUCUUCUGGUGGAAUCAACCUUCGAAUCUCUUCACGAAACACUUUCACUCAAAAUGGAAGUAAGUUUAACACUUCAGGGCCUUUUACCAAAGCAAAGAACCAUCAAAGACAAUUGAUUCCAGGUCUAAGCUACUCUCCCUUAUGUUAUGACCUUAUGUUAUGUCCUCGAAGCAUAUACAUUUUCUGA